GACCCAAAGGCCAAAGGCUAAGGCUCUCGCGGAAACAUACAUAGUGCGAUUGUUAUUAUCGAGGCUGUUUUAGCGGGCACUGCCUUUGGUACUCUCUCUCACAUCUUCCUUAUGUGCGUUGUCUGAUUCAGUAGAUAGGAUCGGGAAUUCGCCAUCCCUAGUCGUUCAAUUCUUUGACUUUGCAGUUCGAGGUGCAAAAGGGCAAUCUUUGCUCCUAUCAUUGUAAAAGAUGAGUACACUGGAUGCAACUCGGGCAGAGCUUGCUCUUAUUGUUUUAUAUUUGAACAAGGCUGAAGCUAGGGACAAGAUAUGCAGAGCAAUACAAUAUGGUUCCAAAUUUUUGAGUGAUGGGCAACCGGGUACUGCCCAGAAUGUGGACAAACAAACCAGCUUGGCACGGAAAGUUUUCCGUCUAUUCAAGUUCGUCAAUGACCUGCAUGCUCUGAUAAGUCCUGCCCCACAGGGAACUCCCCUAUCCCUAGUUUUGUUGGGAAAGUCCAAAAACGCAUUAUUGUCAACCUUCCUGUUUCUCGAUCAAUUUGUGUGGCUGGGUAGAUCUGGCAUCUACAAGAAUAAAGAACGUACUGAACUAAUUGGACGGAUAUCUCUUUUCUGUUGGCUGGGUUCCUCAGUAUGUACCACCCUAGUUGAGCUUGGCGAGCUUGGAAGACUCUCUGCAUCGAUGAAGAAGUUAGAGAAAGAACUCAAGGACAGUAACAAAUAUAAAAAUGAGGAUUACCGUGCUAAAUUAAAAAAGUCAAAUGAGAGGACUCUAGCACUUAUCAAAGCUGGAAUGGAUGUAGUGGUAGCAGUUGGGCUGCUUCAAUUGGCGCCUAAGAAAGUCACUCCUCGCGUGACUGGGGCAUUUGGAUUUGUUACAUCUCUAAUCUCUUGCUAUCAGUUGCUUCCUGCCCCUGUCAAGUCGAAAACCUCGUGAAGAUGGAAGAACAGACUCCCUCUUAUCGUGCUUGGAUGUCAUUAAAUAAUCGUUUACAUUUGUCACUAAAUGUUUGUUUAAGCGAACUUUGAGCAAUAUGCUGGCUAGUAGGGAAGGAGUCUUUAAAAUGCCAUUACAGAUAAUGUCAAUAUUGUCAUGGUUUGUUAUGGGAGAAAUGAUGUCCGUUUGGCCCUCAAUUGGUUUGGUGAAACUGAGGAAUAAACAAAUUAGCGAUAAGGGAUUUGAUCAAACAUAAUUGAGUGUCCUAUUGGAUAAUAAUGAUAUUAGAAAUAUGGUGUGUGUGAGAAUGGCCAA